CGGCAAAGGGGGGACACGGGGCCGAGUAAAAGUUCCUGCCCAGCUGGGCAGAGGUAUCCGUGCUGUAUGGCGUCAGGGCAGGGUGGCCGGCUGGAUGCUGGAGCAUCAGGGAGCUGUGGCCUGGCCAAACCUCUCUACCUGCAGCGCUUGGAAAGAUCCCUGAGGUUGGAUAGCUUCCUGCGCCACACUGCCGCAAUCUUCAACAGAGACAUAACCAGUGAUGACAGUGAUGACAGCGAUGGUGCACUGGGAACAGGCCUUUCCCUGGACCCCUCCACUCAACAUACAGCUUUGACAGUGAAAAGUGAGUCAUGUGAGCAAGGGGAAGGGUUGGCAGAGGGUAAGCCCCUCAAUGGAGUUCUUCUGCAAGGUAAAGACCAAAAGGCAGAUAAAACAAGCCUCUACAAUUUCUCAAAGCUAAAGAAGAACAGGAAAUGGCUGAAGAGUAUCCUGUUGAGUGACGACACCACAGAUUCGGACACGGACUCCGAUGACUCCGACUUCAGUUUGUCCCGGGAGGAGCUGCAUGACAUGCUAAGACUACACCGCUACACCAGGCAGCAUCAGAGCAAAUUCCACAGUGACCGCGAGCUUCACCAGUACCAGUUUUACAGCACUGGACUCCUCUCCACUCAUGAUUCCUUCUAUGAACAACAGCGCCAUCUACUGGGCCCAAAGAAGAAGAAAAUCAAAGAUGAGAAAAAGUUCAAAGCCAAACUGAAAAAAGUGAAGAAGAAAAAGAAACGGGGAGAGGGAGAUUUUCUGGACGAGGGGCGGCCUUAUGUCACUAAGAUCUUCGCAAAGUUUUCCCACGAUGCUCCGCUGCCCAUGGUGAAGAAGAAACAUCUUACCGUUGAGCAACUGAAUGCACGGAGACGCAAAGUGUGGCUCACCAUCGCCAAAAAGGAGAUCCCCAAGACUUUUAAGCAGAAGACCUCUGCUAAGAACCUUGUCUUGACCAAUGCUAAAAAGUUGGCUCACCAAUGCAUGCGAGAAGUCCGACGUGCAGCUAUCCAAGCCCAGAAGAACUGUAAAGAGACGUUACCUCGGGCUCGCCGGCUCACCAAGGAGAUGAUGCUUUACUGGAAGAAAUAUGACAAAGUGGAGAAGGAGCACAGGAAGAGGGCAGAGAAGGAAGCCCUGGAACAACGUAAACUGGACGAGGAGAUGAGAGAAGCCAAACGUCAGCAGCGUAAACUGAAUUUCCUCAUCACCCAGACAGAGCUGUAUGCUCAUUUCAUGAGCGGUAAAGCCACCAAAGGGGGUCCAGGGGGAGACGCAGCUCAGGAGGAAAUUCUGAAAAAGCUUGAAGACUCUGGGGCGCAGAGACAAAUUGACAUCGGAGGAGGCGUUAUGGUCAAUAUGGGACAGGAGGAGUAUGAUAGUGAAUACUACAAGUCCCAGGCCUUGAGGAACGCUAAAGAAGCCUACAAGAUUCAUCAAGAAAGAACGCGAAUGUUUGACGAGGAGGCAAAGGACAGCCGCAGUGCAUCUCUCCAUGCAGCUGUUGCGUCGUUCUCAGGCGCCAUCUCCGGAUUUGGAGAGAGCUACAGCCUUUCCAACCCAUCCAUACACGCAGGCGAAGACAUUCCUCAGCCCACCAUCUUCAACGGCAAGCUCAAGGGUUACCAACUCAAAGGCAUGAACUGGCUCGCCAACCUCUAUGAACAGGGAAUCAAUGGAAUCCUGGCAGAUGAGAUGGGACUUGGGAAGACAGUCCAGAGUAUUGCCCUGUUGGCCCACCUAGCAGAGAGAGACAACAUCUGGGGUCCAUUCCUGAUCAUCUCUCCCGCAUCCACGCUCAACAACUGGCACCAGGAGUUCACCCGCUUUGUGCCCAAAUUCAAGGUGUUGCCAUACUGGGGAAACCCUCACGAUCGCAAAGUUAUUAGGAAAUUUUGGAGCCAGAAAACCCUUUACACUCAAAAUGCACCAUUCCACGUGGUAAUCACAAGCUACCAGCUCGUGGUCCAGGACGUCAAGUACUUCCAGAGGGUCAAAUGGCAGUACAUGGUUCUGGAUGAGGCCCAGGCACUGAAAAGCAGUACCAGUGUCCGGUGGAAAAUCCUCCUUCAGUUCCAGUGUCGAAACAGACUGCUGCUCACUGGGACGCCCAUUCAAAACACGAUGGCUGAGCUCUGGGCCCUGCUCCACUUCAUCAUGCCUACAUUGUUUGAUUCCCAUGAAGAGUUCAAUGAGUGGUUUUCCAAGGACAUUGAGAGCCAUGCUGAAAACAAGUCUGCCAUCGAUGAGAACCAACUUUCCAGACUGCAUAUGAUCCUAAAGCCUUUCAUGUUGCGCAGGAUAAAGAAGGACGUGGAAAACGAGCUUUCAGACAAGAUCGAGAUCCUGACCUACUGCCAGCUGACAUCCCGGCAGAGGUUGCUCUACCAGGCUCUUAGAAACAAGAUCUCUAUUGAGGAUCUGCUUCAGUCCUCCAUGGGAACGGCCCAGCAGUCCCACACCACCACAUCCUCCCUCAUGAACCUGGUCAUGCAGUUCAGGAAGGUGUGUAAUCACCCCGACUUGUUUGAGCGCCAGGAGACACGCUCUCCUUUCCACAUGUCCCUCAAGCCCUACAUCAUGUCUAAGUUCCUCUACCGUCAUGGCCUCACACACAACCAGGCCAAGAACAAAUUACUUCAAGUGCUGUUGUCCCCCUUCUCUCCAAAUCACAUCCAGCAGUCUCUGUUCCACAGGAAAGGUGAUGACAAAGGAAGUUGUUUCUCCUUCCUGCGCUUCAUCGAUGUGUCACCAGCCGAGAUGUCCAAUCUCAUGCUACAAGGCACCUUAGUCAGAUGGUUAGCCCUUUUUCUGUCCCUGAAAGCUGCAUAUCGGCUCCACUGUCAACGCCUGUUUGGCCUCGAAGAAGAAGGGCAGGAGGAAGACAGAGAAGGGGAGGGGGACACGGGGAGGUUACGGCCCAGGAGCAGAUGUCUGUCUCGCAAGGAUCUGAUUCUGUGGUUGAACAGACCCACUGCCUUCCCCAACACACACACUAGCCCUGUCCUACAGGAUCUGGUUUUCACAGCCCUCAGACCCGGCAUGAUGGGACACACAGAUGCAACCAUCCACAGUAGAAAUUCUGCCACCUCCACGCUGCGGCCCUGCCAGCCCACACUGCCACCCAAGUUCCUCCUCACCGCCACACCCAGGGUGACGGCAGUUCCCAUGGAGCGUUAUUGUGACGACCGCAGUGCCGAGUACGAGUGGCGGGUGACACGCAGCGGAGGGGGAGCUGUCUUUAAACAGUGUUUCCUCUACGGCAACCCUGAUCUUGCCUCAGACUGGCGCACAAGAGCCAAUGCCUUCUACCCACAAUGCCCUGGGGGUGUGAUGGCCCUCUCCCCUCGCCAUGGAUGGUCGUACAUUCGAAUACCUGAUAAGGAGAGCCUGAUCACGGAAAGUGGCAAACUCCACACCUUGGAUAUCCUGUUGAGUCGUCUAAAGGCCCAGGGACACAGAGUCCUCAUCUACUCCCAAAUGACUCGCAUGAUAGACCUGCUCGAGGAGUACAUGGUUUAUCGCAAGCACACCUAUAUGCGCCUCGAUGGAUCCUCCAAGAUUUCAGAACGUAGAGACAUGGUGGCUGACUUCCAGAGCCGGACAGAUAUCUUUGUCUUUCUGCUGAGCACGAGAGCCGGAGGGCUGGGCAUUAACCUGACUGCUGCUGACACUGUUAUCUUCUAUGACAGCGACUGGAACCCCACGGUGGACCAGCAGGCCAUGGACAGGGCUCACAGACUGGGUCAGACCAAGCAGGUCACCGUCUAUCGCCUCAUCUGCCAGGGCACCAUUGAGGAGAGGAUCCUGCAGCGGGCCAAGGAAAAGAGCGAGAUCCAAAGGGUGGUGAUCUCUGGAGGCAACUUCAAACCAGACACACUCAAACCCAAAGAGGUGGUCAGCCUGCUGUUGGACGAUGAUGAGCUGGAGAAGAAACUGCGUCAGAGACAGGAGGAGAAGAGGCAGCAGGAGGAGUGCAGCAAGGUGAAAGAGCGCAAGAGAAAGAGGGAGAAGUACGCUGAGAAGAAGAAGAAUGAGGAGUCAGAGAACAAGAGGAGAAAGGAGGUGAACUUGGUCAUCUCUCAUGCACCUUCAGCCGACAACUCCAACCUGUCCGCGGACGGGGACGACUCCUUCAUCAGUGUUGAGAUGGACUCAGCCAUGCCCAGCCCCUUUAGUGAGAUCUCCCUGAGCAGCGAGCUCCAGCCCGGUUCGUUGCCGCCAGACGCUGAUGCAGAUGAGAGCAGCAGCGACAUGUUGGUCAUUGUGGACGACCCGGUUUCAUCUGCGCCGCAGUCUCGUGCCACCAACUCUCCGGCUUCUGUGUCCGGAUCAGUCUCUGACAACAUGAACGGUGUCUCAACCUCAGACACAAUUAGUCCUGGCAGAGGCAGGUCGGGGCGGAGUCGAGGCCGCCCUAAAGGAUCAGGUGGCGGAGCAAAGUCGGGAGGGAAAGGACGUGGGCGCAAGUCAACAGCGGGUAGUGCAGCAGCUAUGGCAGGAGCAAUGGCUGGUGCAGCAGCUGCAUCAGCAGCAGCAUAUGCUGCUUACGGCUACAGUGUUUCUAAAGCUGGCCUCACUGCGUCCAGCCCCCUGCAGCCUUCCCUGGGCCGGUCUGGUACCAGCCCCGCCUUCAACCCCAGCAGAAGCUCGUCUCCUCAGGCCAAAGGAGGCGCCUCCACCCCAAGCCCACACAAACAGCUGACCCACAGCCACCACCACAGCAGCCAUGGUGCAGUCAGGAAGGGGAAGGGCCCUGGUGGUCCUGGCGCUCGAUGAUGGAUGCACUCAUACAUUCUGAACACGCAUGAAUGUGUACUCACACACACGCACAUGCAUAGAUAACUGACCUACUCUCACUGUGAUCCCCACAGAUGUCCUAAGCCUAAACUAAUAAAUAGGGAGUACAGUAUUUAUAGUAAGUGAGGCUCACUACCUGGAGGACCAUGCUCAUGCCUGCUGACUCAGCAACUAAAAGGACCCUCUUCACAACCACACACACACAGUCAUUUUAAGGUACAGUCCCUACCAGCCUCCACAUUUUUUGUGUAAGUUUUAUUUUAAUGUGUCCAGGUCAGUGGACAAACUCUGCCUUGAGUAUUUUUUAUUUGCGUCGUGACGAGUAUUUCCAAGUGCUUUUUGAGAAGACAAACUGAACUUUUCUACUCAUGACCGGAAGCUCUUUUGAUUUGCUACCUAGCUACAACAAAGACGUGAACCGACACAUGUGGCUUAAAGGGCUUUGAAAUCCUCGUGUUUGCCAGGGUAGUGAAGCAAAGAAGUUUCUGUCAAAUGCACUGAGCCACGUCUUCCUUUUUUUUUUUUUUUUUUUUUUUGGGUCCCCUCCCGUGUGUGUUAUUGAUUGUCAUACAUGUACAUUAGGUUAUUUAAAUGUUCUAUAGAUAUGCUCAGUGCAAACUGGUGGAUAAUUCUGCAUUUCACAGAGUUUAAAUGUGAACCUUACCAACCAAUACUUUACCAAACAACACGUCUACAGCUUUUGUACUAAUAAAGCUUAUUUUUAUAAUUAAAAAAAAGUGAGUACCCAUACCAACAUGGCAGGUCUUAACAUUUUGUGCAAAAAAUGUAUUCCAGUACAGCAAGAAAUGAAAAUUGAUUAUAUAUAUUUUGUCUAAUGGGAAAACGAAUGGAUAAUGUAAAAAAAAUUAUAUUCCAAAAUGAGGGUUACUGGCUGAUCCGGCAUUGCUGCUAAAGUAAAUUUAUGAAUUCAUUCAUGAUUUGGUUGUCUAAUAUUUAAGUUAUUUCCGUUAAAGAAAAAAGAAAAAAAAAGGCAAUUCAUCACAACUGUGAAUGGGAUUAUCACCUGUAAAACAGUGUAAAUUGUACUGAAGCCAUUUCUAUUUUUCAGAAACUGCUCUCGUGCUGAGGAGUCUGUGGUUCUCGUUGAUGUCAUUGAUGUUUUAGGAAAGGUUUGCAUCGGUGUCCUGAGUUGAGCACUACAUCUGUUAUAGGUUUGUUUGUUUUGUGUUAAUAGUGUGAUUAAAAUAUGAUGUUCUAUAUUGAUGUACAUAAUGAUGAGAGCAACAUUUCCUCUGGCUUCCCCCGCCCCCAUUUGCCUGUCUAUUUUUAUAGGUUGUGUGUACAUAUGAAUAAAUGCAUCUGCCAUUUUACUAACAGGAGGAGCCAACUGAAAAUAAAAGAGUGCUAAAUCAGC